GUAUCAAUACGAUGGCAUCACUUCCUCUACUUGAAGGUUGGGGGUUAUAAGACAUGGUGUGAAUGGACCCAAAUAAACUUAAUAAUUGUCUUGAUUAGACCGCUUCUGCAAGACGUCACGAUUUGUCGAAGUGACCCAUGAAUUGUUUUGCGUCACUUCAACCUUCCAGCUCUCAGUAACCUUCAUCGGUAAACUAUGCUACUGGAUCGUCUUCUGGUUUCGAUCUGAGGCUUGUGUUAUUGAUGGUUGUUGUCUAUUGCUUUUAAUAGUAAAUGUACGUGCAUUGUGUACGACCACUGGGUCUUCCAUCCACCUUCCCUUUUGAUCUCAUUCACAGUUCUCAAGCCACUCCGCAUGCUGUCCUGAUACACAAAGUGCCUUCCCCUUAUACGUAAACGCAUGCAAAGGUCAUCAGUAGCGCUGUAUUUAAAAAAGUGAGAUCACCUGGUUACUUGAUUAAUCCACAUCAAUCUAGGUAAACACAUUUUCUAAUCUUAGAUUGUGUGUCCUCGUCGUAGUGUUAAAAAGACGGUUGCCAUCUUGUCGCAGCUAACUCUAUUUAAAGUUAACUGUAACAAAUAUGGUGGAUUGAGACUGAUGGUUGUGCUGGAAAGUUGAUUUUGGCAGAAUUUGAUUAUUUAUGUCAGGGCUUAUUGUUGUGAAUCUGGAGAAUGCCGAAAUCACAAUCGAGCCAGAGUAAUGUGAAUUCAUAGUUUCUUGUUGGCUGUUUAUAAUCAUAUUUACCUUAAUUGUUGUUCUUGCUUCACUCAUAGCGUGGAAAUCGACAAUUUUCGUACGAAAAACGGGAAUGUGAUAUUAAUGCACUUCAUUAGUGGGAGACUUGGAUGAAUCGAUCAAAUGUGAACAACAAAUUGUCGCGACCAAUAGGCCCUUAUACUAAGUCGUAUUUUUAUCGUAGUUGCCGAUUUAGUUAGGGGAAUAACAUCCCUAAGUUCAUGUUGAUUAAUAUUCUCUUGUCCACUACAGAUUGAUGGAAAUUAGUUUUUUACUGAACGGUCAGUGCAUUUCGUAAGCGAAAAUGCCACUAGUUUGGUGGUCAUACUUGUUAAUUCUCCAGUUAUUUCGUUGGUUACUGUUUUAUCGUCUAUGUUUGGGACCGUCAUUGUAGUGAUGCAAUGGAUUAAAAGCAAAAUGCAUGUAUUAAGAUUAUAUCCGUUGAAAUUCGGUUUCCUAAACCAGAAAACGAGGUUUAAGUAUGUCUCUUAAACGGGUAUCAGGACUAAAUCCGUAGUCCCAAGAGCUUUUUGGACGGGAACGUAGGUGUUUGGAAUUCCAUUUGAACUAGUGAAGCAAAUAAGCCAGGGCCUAAUCUUUGAUUCUUGGCUUUAUCGCAAUUAUUGAUAUAGAUAUGUGACAAAGUCCCGAAAGUGAUUUGCUGUUUAGUUUAGCCUGUCUUCGAGGGGCUUGGUUACUGGGUUACGUUUUUUGAUCUGCAGUGAUUUUAUUUGUGGUGUGAUCAGGGGAAAGUGGAAAGUACUGAGUGCUAGUGAAACAUAACACCAAAUCACUUUAAUUAUUUUCAACAGUGUGGUUAAAUGUAGGUUGGUAAAGUGAUGCGGAGACCUAGUGAACGAUAAAGCUCAGUAAUUAAUUUUUAGACGUUUUACUCAACACUUCUGCAUUUACAUAGUUGUUCCUCAGAUCCUAUUUCGUAGAACCGUAACCUCACCAUAUUUUUUCACCUUUUUACUUUAGGUGCAAAGAACAAUCAUCAAUACUCAUGGACUUUCGUCAGAAACCUAUAUUUCACAAACUAAAGUCUUCUGGAUGGGACUAUAUCAAAUGGUAUGCAGAUUCAACAAACACAACAAUGCCCAAACAUGGACAUUUUUCCAAUAAAACAUUUGAUUUCUCAAGUCUACACAGUAUGAUAGAAACUGUUGAACAAAACCGUGAUGGCUUUUUAAAGGAAGUUUUUCAUGAAUACAGAUCGUUUUCGAAUUUUGAUAUUUAUGAUUCUAAAACGACCUCGUUCAGUGUAAAAUUAGGUUGUUAUGAAAACGACGGAAUGUUUAUGCUAAUUAAUGCUUCAUCUGGUCUCUCAUCCGAUCUUAGUUGAAAUCGGUGGAUUAGUUGGAAUUGUCUGGUCUCAUUGCAACAAUGCAGACAUUCGAAUAUAUCUAUGUUUGGGAACGUAAAUCAUAUUUUAUUUAUUGUUAAUUCGCCUACACGUUGGGUUUUAUGUUGUUUGUAUCAUUGGUUGUUAAAACAAAAGUUACAAAUAUUAUUCAUGAGUUGGUAUGCAAAAACUGCGAAGCAAAAACACAAUUUUCAAAAUGAGUGCUUUCUUUUUUUUAUACAUAUUUCAAAUCUUCUACACACUUUUAAUUAAAAAAUUUUACAUAAACUUAUUUUGAUUGAAACAUUGUUUUAACGAUUGUACAUCAGAAUUUUCUAACAUUGAUUAUACAUAGCUUAUAUUUGUAUAUAAAUCUACUUGUCAAUUAAUUUCUUGUCUUUUAACUACUUCUUUAUUUGUGAUUUACUGUCUGCGUCGACCAGACUGCUUUCAUUUUUUUGUUUCACCGAUAUGCGGCUUAGAGUAAAAAUAUUGGAGUAUAAGUAUUGUUUAAAUAAGACUAUGUCAUUUCAAUGCAGUUGGUUAAUUCGGUAUUUUUCGACGACUGUAAAAUCAUCAACAAUAGUGCAUGGAGGUUACACAUUAAAAUUUUUCUAUCUGUUCGAAAUCUACUUAUUUACUUGUUUUCUUACUUAGAUAGUUGACGACCCUUUUCAUUGUAGAGCAAAAACAGCUCUAUUUAACCUACCACAAAAUUAAUAAAUACACUAUUGUAAACUACUGUCGUAGAAUAUACAUCUUUCUGCUUUUAAGUGCAGUAAUGACAAAUUACUUACUUAAAAAUUUAGUAGGAUGUAAUAUUUGAAGAAGCUGUAGCCUAAUGAAAGAGCUGUAAUCACUUUGUCAAUAAAUGUUCUAUAGAAAGCUUAAAGUAUACAAAAUUUAGAUGGAAAUAACCCGUAGGUGAAAUUCUUGAUAAUAUGA